UGCCAUAGUGCCAGGAAGUUGCUGAAACUUGAGCGACAACAGUAACGUUAGCUAGCAACUGUUACAGUUGGUUUUGUUUUUUAUAUAUUUGGGGUUAGCGAUAACAUUUAAGCAAUAGUUAGUGGUUAAAUCACAUGGGGUUUAUUGGUAACGUUAGUCCGUUAAAGUAGAGGUUGAACUGUUGUCGUUGUGUGUUCUUUUGUAUUUAUUGAGCUAACCAGCACGUUUGCUAAUAAUGCUAGGGUCAAGUGAAUAUCAAAUUAUUGAUUAAUUGAAUAAUUUAUUGGCGCGGAAAUCAACCCAAUUUGCAGUACUAUGGAGGACAGCACCACGGAACUCGAAGGACCGGGUUGUUUGAGUGUCGGUCAGCAGUCAGAAGAGGCGACACCAACCGAUAUUAGCCACCAGAACAGUGUCGACAACGAUGGUUCGAAAGACCACAAUGGGACAUCUAAUAAUGUUGACUGGGAUUCAGGGGAUGAGCCUGAACUCCCUCUUAAUCAAUUUUACCCUUACAUCCACUGUACUCUCUGCUGCGGAAUCCUAAUUGAUUCCACCACCAUCACAGAGUGUCUGCACACUUUUUGUAAAAGCUGCAUAGUGAAACACUUCUUCUACAGCAACAGGUGUCCCAAUUGCAGCAUUGUAGUCCAUCAGACACAACCAUUGUACAACAUAAAACCUGACAGACAGUUGCAAGAUAUUGUUUACAAGAUGCUGCCACAUCUGGAAGAAAUGGAGAGAGCAAGGAUGAUUGAUUUUUACAAACAGAGAGAACUGGAGGUGCCUAAACCAGUGAUGGCAUCCCCUGCGGUCCCUGUGCUGAAAAACCAGAAGCAGAGGAGGGCAUUGCUGCCCCAGUCUGUCUUCGCCAUCCCUCCUGAACUGGACGUGUCACUGCAGCUGGAGUUUUUGGGAGCGGAAGAAGGCAUAGACGGCUAUAAGCCUUUGGAGAGGCGGUAUGUGCGAGUAUCGGGGGAUGCCACUGUCCACCAUGUGGCGCUCUUCAUCAGGAGGAAGAUGGAGCUGAGCCCCGCCUGCCAGGUGGAUGUUGUGUGUGGAGACCACCUCCUGGACCGUUACCAGUCGCUACGAGAGGUUCAGCGCUCCAUAGGAGAUGACGCUCUACAGGAUGGUCUUUUGAUUCUCCACUUUGGACUGGUGCUGGCUGCUCACACAUGAGCAGGGGGAAGGAAGUGGGAUGGAUGUGAUCCUGAUAUUAACCCUGACCCUCAGGGAACCACUGUCUUCAUUCUGCUACUAUAAUGCCUAACAGAAUCAAGUAUUCUACUCUUUGCCACUUAGACAGUUAACAGUGAAUUGCUGAAUCUAGGGCCCCGAAACCUUCUGGUUAGGAUUAGGUUAUAGUUUAUCUCCAAGACUGAUUUCAGAGGUCUGAAAGACUACAAGGACCUGUCAUGCUACUGAUGCCAAAAGCUCAUGUUUUUGCUACACUUUGAGUUGAAUGUACACUGUUCUUUUACAUUUUUUUGUGACCAACUUUUGUAGCAGUCCCCCUCCCAUCCAUCUCCCGAGUCUCUAUUUAGACCAAAGUAUAAAUACAUAUACGGUGCCUUCGGAGAGUAUUCAGACCCCUUGACGUUUCCACAUUUUGUUACGUCACAGCCUUAUUCUAAAAUGGAUGAAAUAAAUACAAAUCCUCAGCAAUCUACACACAAUACCCCAUAAUGACAAAGUGCAAACAGGUUGUUUUUUUUAAUGUAUUUUUUGCAAAUGUAUAAAAAUUAUAUCUUAUUUACAUUGGUAUUCAGACCCUUUGCUAUGAGACUCGAAAUUGAGCUCCGGUGCAUCUUGUUUCCAUUGAUCUUCCUUGAGAUGCUUCUAUAAUUUGAUUGAAGUCCACCUCUGGUAAAUUCAAUUGAUUGGACAUGAUUUGGAAAGGCACACCUGUCUAUAUAAGGUCCCAUUGUUGCCAGUGCAUGUCAGAGCAAAAAGCUAGAGCUCCGAUACAGCAUUGUGUCAAGGCACAGAUCUGGGAAGGGUACCAAAACAUUUCUGCAGCAUUGAAGGUCCCCAAGAACAGUGGCCUCCAUCAUUCUUAAAUAGAAGAAGUUUGGAAUCAUCAAGACACUUCCUAGAGUUCGUCGCUCAGCCAAACUGAGCAAUCUGGGAGCAGGAUCUUGGUCAGGGAGGUGACCAAGAGCCCGAUGGUCACUCUGACAGAGCUGCAGAGUUCCUCUGUGGAGAUGGGAGAACUUUCCAGAAGGACAACCAUCUCUGCAGCACUCCACCAAUCAAAUCAAAUUUUAUUUGUCACAUACACAUGGUUAGCAGAUGUUAAUGCGAGUGUUGCGAAAUGCUUGUGCUUCUAGUUCCGACAAUGCAGUAAUAACCAACAAGUAAUCUAACAAUUCCAAAACUACUGUCUUAUACACACAAGUGUAACGGGAUAAAGAAUUAUGUACAUAAAGAUAUAUGAAUGAGUGAUGGUACAGAGCGGCAUAGGCAAGAUACAGUAGAUGGUAUCGAGUACAGUAUAUACAUAUGAGAUGAGUAUGUAAACAAAGUGGCAUAGUUAAAGUGGCUAGUGAUACAUGUAUUACAUAAAGAUGCAGUAGAUGAUAUAGAGUACAGUAUAUACGUAUACAUAUGAGAUGAAUAAUGUAGGGUAUGUAAACAUAUUAGGUAGCAUUGUUUAAAGUGGCUAGUGAUAUAUUUUACUUCAUUUCCCAUCAAUUCCCAUUAUUAAAGUGGCUGGAGGGUAGGCUUUUGGGGGUAGAGUGGCCAGACCAAAGCCACUCUUCAGUAAAAGGCAGACUAGUCAGGAUCGAGGGAAAGAUGAACGGAGCAAAGUACAGAGAGAUCCUUGACGAAAACCUGCUCAGGGACUCAGACUGGAGCGUAGGUUCACCUUCUAACAGGACAACGAUCCUAAGCACACAACCAAGACAACACAGGAAUGGCUUCGGGACAAGGCUCUGAAUGUCCUUGAGUGGCCCAGCCAGAGCCUGGACUUGAACCCGAUCGAACAUCUCUGGAGAGACCUGAAAAUAGCUGUGCAGCAACGAUCCCCAUCCAACCUGACAGAGCUUGAGAGGAUCGGCAGAGAGGAAUGGGAUAAACUCACCAAAUACAGGUGUGCCAAGCUUGUAGCAUCAUACCCAAGAAGACUCGAGGCUGUUAUCGCUGCCAAAGGUGCUUUAACAAAGUACUGAGUAAAGGGUCUGAAAACAUAUGUAAAUGUGAUAUUUUAAUACAUUUGCAAAAAAAUCUAAAAUCCUGUUUUCACUUUGGUAUUGUGUGUAGAUUGAUGAAAAAAACCAACAUUUAAUCAAUUUUAGAAUAAGGGGUCUGAAUACUUACCGAAAACACUGUGUCUUAUGCAACCGUGAGAUCCUGUCAUUGGUGUCAAGUUCCACUUUAAACUCGGAUCUGAAUGGGGAGAGGUCAGAUGGACCUUGAACAAGGCCUUAAAAUAAUGUUCCAGUAGGCCUAUUAUUAUAACGUCUGUAUAUGGGCUGAUUUUAUGUUACAUUUCUAUCUUCCUAUUCUGCACCAAACUUCAAGGCUUUGUACAUGCUCUGUGAAUCAUUAGCACCCCACUCAAUUUUGCGACGAGGUAGCUUGCCUUGUCCUCGAUGCUAGCAUAAAUAGUUGCAUAAUAAUAAACAUACACCAUAUUUAAAAAAUAUCUUGGUUAUUCUGUCCUAAUGUUUAGCAAAAUACAGUCUUAAGUGUGGACUAAGAGUCGUCUGCACUAAGCAGCAGCUGACCGGCUUGCUUUUAGCUUAGCUAGCUAGUUGUGAUUGGGGGACAGAAAGUCAUGUUCCGCUAGCUGUCAAAAUAGCUCUACCUUGCAAACGUUAGCUGACUUGCUAUUGUUGUCUGUUAGCUAGCUAUCUCUAGAAAGAGUCACUGUGGGAAUCUCCAGUUCUCAUGUGACAAGGAGUUGUCAUGAUAGCACAAACAGAUCUGGCACCAGGCUACAUUGGUAGCUAACUAACAAAUGUGCGUAACCGCGACAUUCAAACGAGGCUACAAAGAAAACUAAUGGAACUGUGUUGAUGUCAAAAUCGGGGGAGUGAACUAGGUUUCUAUUCAAGUGUUGAUCGACAUGGUAAUGGCCCUAUAGUAUUGGAGAAAAGUUGAAAAAAACUGACCCUCCGUUACAUCUUGACGUGUCAUGUCGUAACGUCCAGCACGCAUAAAGCUACUUAUUUAUGACUUACAAUCUCUCUCCACCAGGUGUAGCACUUCUCUCAUCUUUUAAAAAUAAUAAAUGGACAGUGACGGGGGUAAGGGGGGGAUACCUAGUCAUCAUUGCAUGCGAUUCAUUCUCAAAGCUGCUGUUUACUUCUAAGAUCACUUUAGCACCGCCCUAAAAACUUGAUUCAAAUUUGACACAAACCUUAAAAUACAUUUACAUUUAAGUCAUUUAGCAGACGCUCUUAUCCAGAGCGACUUACAAAUUGGUGCGUUCACCUUAAGACAUCCAGUGGAACAGCCACUUUACAAUAGUGCAUCUAAAUAGGUAUGUAAUGACACAUUAUAUAAACUCUUUAUAGUUUUAUUUACAUUUUAGAGGUGAUAAGGUGAUAAGUUGUACAGAUCGAGUGAAAAAAGCAAUUUUCCCACACAUCUCUCCUUCUCACUAUCACGCAUUAGUUUCGCUUCCCCACCCGCCAUUUUUAAAAAGACCCGACGGGGCUCAUUGCCUGCUUGAAUUAUGCAGAAACGGGCAGUGUUUAGGUCAUGUAAUUGAUUUUGUUGGAAAGGGGAGAAAUGGUGUGGUAUUGACAUUACAGUUGAUCUGGAAGUAUUACGUUUUUGGGGCGCUAAAAUAAGGGCAAUUGUACGGACCAAGGCGAUUUACGAGUUUGAGUUACGUGAGUGUUAGCUUGCCCAAGAAAGCUUGUAUACAGAACCAUAGCCAGCUAUUAAAAUGUGAUUUAUUUUGACAAGUGCUGUGUUCGAAUACGCAUACUACAUAAUUUUUUUAACCUUUAUUUAUAUUUAUUUAUAAUGAGUAUAUAGUAUUAGUUAAUUUGAGUAUACUGUAAACGAACGGUAACCUUUCAGUUGUGUACUUGCGCUUUGCUUGUCUACCGGAAGUUGAUGCUGUUGCAAUACAACUUCUUGCUAGCUUGUUAGCUUAACAAAUGACUAGCUAGACAUCUUAAGACUUCAUUAAAAAUGUCCGUUGAGAACACACAAUGACUUUAACACUUAGCUAAGCUAAGAAUAACGUGAAUAAUCAAGUCAAUAAGUGUUUUCCUCCAUCUGUAUUUGAUGAUUCAUUAUUUGUGUCCAUUCCUAUGUUAAACUAUAUACCACACACAACUUAAUUAACAUUGCCUCUGGCGGCAACCACAACUUGUAGUCAGCGCUGUCUCUCUGUAGCCAUGUAUUUUGUUUUCAUGCCAGCUGUAUAUGUUGUGCUGGUGUUAAUGAUCAGCUACAAUCAGUUGGCUGUUCAGAGGACCGACGCUGGAAGGAGGAGGUGAAGACAGGAGGCUGGUUAAAGGAGGGCGUUGUAUUCUCCUCGACCAAAAGGCAAAAGCAGGCCACAUUAAGUCAAUUAUUACUGGUCUGUAUGUAGCAAAUUUCAUUCACAAUUUGAUACAUCCACUUGGACUAUAUUAGAACAUGUAUGCCUGUCAUAGCAAUUGUAAUUUAGUGUAGCUUAAAGCCUACAUUCAAUAAUGUACAUAUGUCAGAAUAGGCCUACAUAUCAAAUAAUGUGAAAGCUAUUUAUUUUGUUUCAAUUUGGUAAAGUUGCCCUUUCUCAUCACAGACUGGUGGCAGAGGACCCUACUGUGUGCUAAGUCUCAAUGUGACCAACCUGAGUGUGUAUUUGGACUACCUGGAACUCAAGCCCCACUUUGGAAUGACCCAACCCUCUUUUGACAGCCUGUUAGAGGUCUUGCACCAAGAAGACCAGGAUCAUGGCUGGGGCAAGACCUUGGAAAGCCUCAUGUUUGUCUACUGGAUGGCUAGUGCCACUUCGUAUAGUGUCCGAGGCAUUUGAUGUCAUCCCCAGGGUCCGUGGGGUGCUCAUGAAGAGGGUCAUCCAUUUUCCAUCACAAGAUGAAAUGCAGGAGGUUGGCGAGCGAUUCACCCAAAAAUCACAGUUCCCUGCAAUUCAAAAGGUUGCUGGCGCUAUUGCUGGAUGCCACAUCAGGAUUAAGCCCCCUGCUGUGGACCAGCAGGAUUACCUGAACAGAAAAGUUUUAUUCAUCAACUAUAGGCCAUCUGUGACCAGAGGUGCGGGUUCAUUGACAUCUACAUUGCCUUCCCCGGGUCUGUGCACGACACCAGGGUCAUGAAACACAGCCCUGUGUAUGUUCAGAGCCUGUAACCACCCCAAGGUUGGUGUCUCUUCGGGGAUGGUGGGUAUCCCUGCCUGGUGGAGCUGUCUGACACCCUACAGGCAACCAGUGAGGGGUGCAGUGGAGGCCACCUACGAUGCAAAGCAUUCCAAGGUGAGGAAUGUGGCAUUCCAUCUUCAUGAAGGCCCUGGAGGUGAAGCCUAGCUUUGUGCCUGAGGUGGUUGCACUCUGUGCUGCACAUCUUCCUCAGCAACAUUGUGGAGCCUGAGGCCUCGGGAGAGGAUGAUGAUGGAGACCUGGACCAACUGCCGCAGCAGAAUGUGGAUCUACUGCUGGACCAGCUCACAGCAUCAGGAGUGGGCAAUGUUGCAGCACUAGCUAACCCCAUCCCAGGUGACCAACUACUGGAAUUCCCCCCCCCCCCCAGUAGAAAACCCUUACACACACACACACACCCUGUUUAAAAUGUAAUUGUUGAUUCCUAAAUCAAUCUAUCACCCGUGUUCACAUAUUACAUGUGAUCAAUAUUCAAAAUCUUAAAUUCUAUUCUGUUGUUCGUGUGUACUGGAGCUCUUUUAAGAGCUUUGGCAUAAAAUGUGAUGUUUUUGUUGUUUAAUAAAAUAUUCUAGAAUAUCAA